AGAGUGUGAACACAUGGGCUGGUUUAGCCAUUGUUGCCCUUCAUAUAUUAUAUAUAUGUACAUGGACUGGACAGUGAGGACAUGAAAUAGUCCCUUAAUUACUGGGGCAUAUAUCUAGAGUAAUGCUGGCGCAAAUAUCUAUCAUCUAUCCUAUCUUUCACUUUCCACACUUUCCAACUUAUAUUAUUAACCACUACAAAUCAAGAGAGAAAGAGGGGUAGUAAUGCUGGCGCAAAUAUCUAUCAUCUAUCCUAUCUUCACUUUCCACACUUUCCAACUUAUAUUAUUAACCACUACAAAUCAAGAGAGAAAGAGAGAGAAAGAGGGGUAGAGUCUCCUUUACUGAGAAACCAUGGAGAAGAAUGACAAAGAAACCAUGGAAAGCAAUGACAAAGCUAUUACAACUGAUGAGCCUGAGAUCAACUACAGAGGAAUCAAGGCCAUGCCCUUCAUUAUAGGAAACGAGACCUUUGAGAAGCUCGGAGCCAUUGGCACCUUAGCCAAUCUUUUAGUCUAUCUCACAACAGUCUUCAACAUGAAAGCCAUCACAGCUACAACUCUCAUCAAUGUCUUCAAUGGUACCACCAACUUUGGCACCUUACUAGGAGCUUACCUCUCCGACACCUACUUUGGUCGCUACAAAACACUGGGAUUUGCUUCUAUCGCUUCCUUUCUGGGAUUGCUUGUAAUAGCACUAACAGCUGCAAUAAAGAAGCUUCAUCCUCCCCAUUGUGCGUCACAUGAUGAAAGUGCGUGCAUCGGCCCAACAGCACGGCAAAUGGCAUUUUUACUACUCGGGUUUGCACUAGUGGCGGUAGGAGCUGGUGGCAUAAGGCCAUGCAACUUGGCCUUUGGAGCCGACCAAUUCAAUCCAAACACUGAAUCCGGGAAAAGGGGAAUCAACAGCUUCUUCAAUUGGUACUUCUUCACCUUGACUUUUGCUGUCAUGGUAUCGUUGACAGCAGUCGUCUACGUGCAGUCUAAUGUGAGUUGGGCUAUAGGAUUACUAAUUCCCGCAAUGCUUAUGUUGAUAUCGUGUGCAUUCUUCUUCCUGGGGACAAACAUAUAUGUGAAAGUGAAGCCCGAGGGUAGUCCCCUCACAAGUGUAGUGCAAGUCAUUGUUGUUGCAGCUAAGAAGAGGCGAUUAGCGUUACCAGAGCAACCAUGGCUAACCCUUUUCAACCAUAUGCCUCCUAAGUCUAUCAAUUCCAAGCUUCCUUACACACAACAAUUCAGAUUCCUAGACAAGGCAGCGAUAAGGACACCAGAUGACCAAAUCAACCCCAACGGAUCGUCAGCCAACCUGUGGAGACUCUGCACUAUGCAACAAGUUGAAGAAGUGAAGUGUGUGCUGAGAGUGAUCCCUAUUUGGGCUUCAGCGAUAUUGUACUUUGUUGCCUUAGUCCAACAGCAAACCUUUGUGGUCUUCCAAGCCCUUCAAUUCAACAGACACUUUGGAAAGACCAAGUUCCAAAUCCCCGCCGCAUCGUACCCUGUCUUCAACAUGCUGACGCUGAGUCUCUGGAUACCCAUCUACGACCGAAUCUUGGUCCCGACACUCCGACGGUUCACAGGAAAAGAAGGUGGCAUCACAAUCCUCCAAAGAAUGGGCAUUGGCAUUGGCCUUUCGGCACUCACAUCACUAGUUGCCGCCUUCAUUGAAAAUUGGAGGAGGACUACGGCUCUCACUAUGCCGACACUAGGUAUUGAACAAAGGAGAGGCGCUAUUUCUUCUAUUAAUGCUCUAUGGUUGGUUCCUCAGCUUUCGCUAGCCGGACUUGCCGAGGCAUUUAUGUCUAUUGGCCAAGUUGAAUUCUACUACAAGCAAUUCCCAGAGAACAUGAGAAGCAUUGCCGGGUCCUCCUUCUUUUGUGGGAUGGCGGUAUCAAACUAUCUGAGCGGUUUCUUGGUCUCGGUGGUUCACAAGACGACACAAAGGUCUGGAACCGGAGGGUGGUUAACGGAAGAUCUUAACAAAGGGAGGUUGGACUACUUCUAUUACCUGGUUGCUAUUCUUGGGGCCAUAAAUUUGGGGUACUUCCUAGUAUGCUCUAUGUGGUAUAGGUACAAAGGGACUACAGACAGUUCUGUCAUGGUGGAAAUGGAAAAAAAACAACUUGGUAAACCUAUAGUUUGAUAUUUGAAGUUCACAUCAGAUCCGAUUCUAUGAAAUGGUCAUACCUAAUCAUCCCUGUAUACAAUUCUAGCUGAGGAAACAGUAUUUCGUCUUGGAUAAUGUAGCAACAAAUAACUAGAAUGUCUCUCAUGUUCUAUUUCCAAAUCAUUUGUAAGUUGGUUUAAUACAACUCGCAUUUAAUAUCACUCCUUAAAGAGCAGAUUUAGCUAGAAAUCUGUCCUUAGUCCUACACAGAACAAUCUAAACACACAGAACACAAGAUACAGAACAACCAGACAAUGUUCAAUAAUAUAUAUAUUUUUCUUUAAUUUCCCUAA